GGCUCCAGGCUGCGGGGCGGACGCAGCGCCUAGCGAUCCACGGCGGAGCCGCGCGAGGCCGCCCGAGCCCGAGACCGAGCUCCAGCCCCAGCCCCGAGCCCCGAGCCCCGAGCGAGCGCCGCCGCCGCCUCUCGCCAGCCGGUCCCCGGACGCGCCGCCGCCGCCACCGCCGGGAAGGCAGCCGGUGCCGAGCAAGUUGCGAGUGCGCUUCUCCGCCCGGGGAAAGUUUCCCCCGCGGCCGCCGACGGGAGUUGGCGCGGGAUCCGGCCACUGCCGCUGGAAGAGUUUAUCCUGAAGCUACCAUCAGAAAGAGACUUCAAGAGAAUCUUGACGCCCCUGAACGGAAAAGACACCAGUUGAAAGAGGUGGGCAUCUCCUGGACAGCCCUGAGCUUGCAGGGAGCAGACCUUCCGACCCCAUCAUCCAAGCUACGUGAACCCUUUGAAUUUGAACUUCUAAAAACGUGGGCACGAUCUUUUUCCAGACUUCUCGACGCAGGCUACCCAGGCCGAGGCACAUUUCCCUAGGAGGGAGGCUCCCCCCGUCUGUUGGAAUAAUGAGAUCUGUGCCAGGCUCUCUGCCAUCUGAGUCUGAGGCCAUCCUGGAGGAGGUUCCCUUUGGACCAAGCAGGAGGGAGGCAAUGAGUGAGGACAAGCUGGGCCAAUAAAGGAAAUAUACAGGAACCCCUCUGACCAAGAGACUGUCCUGCUGACAUCAGAAGAACUGCCCAGGGGGAGCACCAUGGAAGGCGACUGUCUGAGCUGCAUGAAGUAUCUGAUGUUUGUAUUCAAUUUCUUCAUAUUUCUGGGUGGGGCCUGCCUGCUGGGCAUCGGCAUCUGGGUCAUGGUGGACCCCACCGGCUUCCGGGAGAUCGUGGCCGCCAACCCCCUGCUCAUCACGGGCGCCUACAUCCUCUUGGCCAUGGGGGGCCUGCUUUUUCUGCUCGGCUUCCUGGGCUGCUGCGGGGCCGUCCGGGAGAACAAGUGUCUGCUGCUGUUGUUCUUCCUGUUCAUCCUGACCAUCUUCUUGGCGGAGCUCUCGGCGGCCAUCUUGGCCUUCAUCUUCAGGGAAAACCUCACCCGCGAAUUCUUCACCAAGGAGCUCACCAAGCACUACCAGGGCAACAACGACACAGACGUCUUCUCUGCCACCUGGAACUCCGUCAUGAUCACGUUUGGUUGCUGCGGGGUCAACGGGCCUGAAGACUUUAAGUUUGCAUCAGUUUUCCGACUCCUGGCUUUAGACAGUGACGAGGUGCCGGAGGCCUGCUGCCGGAGAGAACCCCAGAGUCGGGACGGGGUCCUGCUGAGCAGGGAGGAAUGCCUCCUGGGAAGGGACCUGUUCCUGAACAAGCAGGGCUGUUACACGGUGAUCCUCAACGCCUUCGAAACUUACGUCUACCUGGCUGGAGCCCUCGCCAUAGGGGUGCUGGCCAUCGAGGACCCAGUGGGUCCCCACUGCAGGGACGAUGGGCAGGUAAGCCCAGCCGUGUCUGUCUGCUGCCUGCGAGUCAUCCUGGGACUCUGGACACAUCUGAGCAAGUCUGCGGGCAGUGGGGAUGGACAAGCCCUGAGAGUCACUGCCCUCACCCCUACCCACGGUCCAGAGUGAACUCUGACUGAAGGAUCAACGCAGCUGAUUUGAGGGAGGGGCUACAGCCUGUGCUUCUAGAUCAGGCCCAUUCUCUGUGGGGUGUUCAGGGCCUGCGGGGCCUUGUGAACCUCACAAGCGCACGUUGAGCCCCAGAGGUGAAGACAGAAGGGCCCUGAGCCCCCUCAAACGGAAGGCAGCCGCGGACUCUUGAAGCCACCACUAGGUGGCGCUUUGGCCAAAGGGCGGAGCUGCCCCCUUCCCUUCCUUCUACCACCCUCUCCCGGAUCUCAAACCCGCUGCCCUGGGAGGUUGGACAGAGGGCUUUGCCCAGGCCCGCCCAUCUCAAGAAAGGGGCCGCCAGUCUUCGGCCAGCCGGGAAAUGAAAUCAGGCCGCCCUAUCCUCAGCCUUCCCCCUGCCACCUGGCACCAUAAACAUGGCCUUGCUUAGCUUCUUACUGUGUCCUACAGCCCUGCUUAGAGCAGUUUUGUGGAGACUAUUGAGGAUGGGGAGAGGGAGGGGUCAUUCACUCAUUCAUUCGUCAAGCAAAGAUUGAGCCCCUACUGUAUGCCAACGCUGUUCUAGGUGAACAAGUCCUCUCCUAGGAGGAAACAACAAGAAACACAAAUCGGUACCAGGCCCCCUGGGAAAACGCAGGUGUGGGUCCCCUGCAGGAAGAACAUGGGCUUCUAGAGUUCAACUUCCAGCUCUGCCUCUCCCCACGCACAGGAUGCCCGAGCCACAGUUUCCUUAUCUGCAACAUGGUGCUAAAAGCCUGCUCCUAGGGCACGGUGGGGCUUACAGGUGCUGGGGACUACGUGCCUGGCGUGUAAUAGGGGCUCGCUAAGCAAUGCCUGUGUUCCUGGCCUG